AUGCGUUUCGCUGUCGCUCUCACCACUUUGGCCGCCGUUGCCAUUGCUGCCCCUCUCGACUCGUUGGUCGCCCGCGAGGACGACGUCAACUCCAUUCUUUCUGCCCUCGCGUCCGAGAACCCUGAAGACGCCGAAAUUGCCAAGAAUGGUCUGAACGCCCGUGACCUUCAGCUCACUCAGGAUGAGGAGGAAGAGGAGAUCUUCAAGCGCGACGUCCAGCUCACCCAAGACGAAGAGGAGGAGGAGAUUUUCAAGAGAGACGACGUCAACGCCAUCAUCGCAGCUCUCGCCGCGGAGAACCCCGAGGAUGCGGAGAUUGCAAAGAACGGCUUGAAGGCGCGUGAGCUGCAGCUUACACAGGACGACGAGCAGGAGGAGAUCUUCAAGAGAGACGUCAAACUUACUCAAGAUGAGGAAGAGGAGGAGAUUUUCAAGCGCGAUGUUCAACUCACUCAGGACGAGGAAGAAGAGGAGGUCUUCAAGCGUGAUGUCCAGCUUACCCAAGACGAGGAAGAGGAGGAGGUCUUCAAGCGUGAUGUCCAACUCACUCAGGAUGAGGAGGAAGAGGAGAUCUUUUAA